UACAGACUUGAACUACAUAUGAGUCAAAUGAAAGACAAGCUGAAGACCCGGAAGAGGAUUCUUGGAAAAACAGGUGUGUUUGUGUCUGACGAGGAGCUGAGAAGGACGUACCUGCAGCUGGAAGAGAGGGAGGAGGAGUUAGAGGGCCUCAGACACCACGACCUGCUAGGCCUGCUCGAUGACCUCUCUGACAACGACGGCGCUGUCGAAAAGAGUGAAGGAAUGGGAGGAUAAAAUACGACCGGAACUCGCCUAUCAGGAGGUGCGUGCUACCUUUGACAUCCAUGACUAUGGGGACAGGAUCGUAGCAGCUUUGAGCAGUGUGGGCCAGAGGAGGACCUUCUCCUCUAUAGUCCACGGCAUGGACAACUUCGAGGCCUGCAAGUACAUGCUGGCUUCCCUUCAACUGGUUAUUAUCAUGCUCUCUCCUCUUCAGGCCAACGACUACACAGUGGAGAUUGACAGGAGUGAGGGUCUCGAGGAAAGCAUCGACACAAUGGGACUCACUCUGCUCAGCAAACACCGGGCCAACCAACGAUUCAAGAAAGCCCCUGCAGCAACCUCCGACCCUAUAUGACCCAGACAUCUCCUGAUCCUGUGUGUGUGUGUGGUUUCUUGCCUCCUACUGACUCCGUGGGGGACUAGAGACCCAUUACUCUGAAACGUGGUACGCACUCCUGUGUGUGACGCCACUUGUGCCUACCGGACCACUGGUACUGACCUGCUCUAUCAACAUGGCUGCACCUAUUCUCUCCUCACAUACUUGCUCUUUAAUUUCAACCCCCUGUCUAUUGUUUGAUCUUUGGUGUCUCUGUCCUAUGUCUUGUCUGUGUGUAUCAUGUCUGUGUAUUCCUCUGGUUCUGUCAUACACAAUAUAUUUACCAGAUGUGGCACUCAGGGUAUGUUGGUAGUGUUGACUGACCCUAAGAAUUAUCACCCUGUUCAAUGUUUGCCCCUGUAUCCAUGACAAUUCUAUACGUUGGUUUUUAUUAGCAUAUUUGUCCAAGUGGUGUAGAACUCAUACAUUUUCUAUAUCAGAUGAGGACUUAAGAAAAUGUGAUUAUUUCUUUCAUUCAAGAGAACAACCUAAAUUGGGAAAUUAUGUUUCACUGGUUUGUAAGGAAAUUAUAUAGAUUUUUUUACAAUGGCCAAAAACGUGUAUAAAAUAAAACGAGCAUGUAGAUUUUACAAAGA